CGGAUCGUUGUGUUUUUCGAGUUCAGUUUGCAUUAGAGCAUAGCAAGCAACACGGCUGAGUGUGUUAAGGCUUGAUUGUGUUCUGUUUCAUGUUUUCUCAGAAAUCUCGCGAAGUGUGUAUGACAAAGUGCCAAUGUUAAUCCACGAUAAUGUAAAUAGUGCUAUAGUUCUUUGUGUAUAAUUCGUUUUAAUUUGCCACACAUUUCCUUUAAAUUUUUGAACACAUAACCUAUAAAAAGGCAGCUGCCAGUGGGAAACAAUCGGUUUCAGGGAACUGUCAGGAGGUUUUGUUUCGGUUUCGAUUAAGUGUAAUUUAAAGUGAUUUAAAGCAAAAUGAAGGGGUUUACAACUUCACGCGAUGGUCUUUUGAAGAUCGACGAUGAUGAUUUAAAAACUGUGGUACUCAAAACUUCGAUUUUGGCUGUUUACGAUGUGGAUAAAACACCACUUGGCAGAGGAAAAUACGCAACAGUAUGCAGAGCAGUGCACAAAAAGACUGGCGUCCACUAUGCAGCGAAGUUUGUGAAAAAACGACGUCGCAACCAGGACCAAAUGAAAGAAAUUAUACAUGAAAUAGCCGUGUUAAUGCAAUGUUCGGACACAAGUCGGGUUAUAAGACUGCACGAGGUUUACGAAAGCACCACCGAGAUGGUUUUGGUACUGGAGCUGGCCGCUGGCGGCGAGCUGCAGCACAUCUUGGACAUGGGCCAGUGUUUGGGCGAAGCCGAGGCGAGAAAAGCUAUGCGUCAAAUUUUGGACGGCGUGGCGUACCUGCACAAACGAAAUAUCGCCCAUCUGGACCUGAAACCACAGAACCUCCUUUUGGCGGAACCCAACAGUUGCGAUAACAUUAAACUUUGCGAUUUCGGCAUAUCGAAGAUCCUGGAACCGGGCAUUAUAGUACGGGAAAUUUUGGGUACUGUAGAUUAUGUGGCUCCAGAGGUCCUCAGUUACGAACCGAUACAACUGUCGACGGAUAUUUGGUCGAUAGGCGUUUUAGCGUACGUGCUGCUGUCCGGUUUCAGCCCGUUUGCAGCUGACGACAAACAGCAAACCUUCCUAAACAUAUCGAAAUGCGACCUCAGCUUCGAGCCAGAACACUUCGAGGGAGUGUCCAGCGCAGCCAUAGACUUUAUCAAAACCGCGCUUGUGGUUGAUCCAAGAAAACGGCCAAAGAUCAAGGACCUGUUCGAGCACCCGUGGAUCUCCCUUAAAACCUCGAUACCCGGCACGUUAAACAUCCACGCGACAUCGACGGAAACGUCGCAGCCGACGCCAAAAUCCACGCCGCUCGCGCAACGCAAGAGCUUCGCCUGCUUGACGGAUGGCGGCGCGCCCACCCCCACCGCCAAGUCGUCCGCCCGGACGCCCUUUUGCUGCCCGGACACAGUGAACGCGCCGCCGUUUGCGGACAGCGCCGUCCGUACGUACGCCGUGUCGUCGGGUUGCCUGUGUCAGCAGUGCGGCACCGCUUGCCGUCAUCUCACCCACGCGCCCGUUCAAAAAAACACCCCGCACCGCGGCAUUCUGUGUUAGCAGCCCCUGUCUAUUACGUUGUUUAUUUCAUUUUUUACUUUAUUCUCUUUCAACUUCCAACACCCUGUUUUAACUUUGAAGGUACCUGAUUUUUGGCCACUACUAAAAUGCCAAUUUACAUUAUUACAGAAUUAUAUUAUAUUUAAUCAUUGCUUGUAGGUAAUAUUUUUCUGUUUCCCUUUUUAAACACUAUGAAUAUAAAUGGAAUUCAUCCUAAUAAUCACAAAAUUAUGUCAUUUAAAUUUAUGAUAUAACGAAAUAUAUCUAAAAUAUGUUUAGAUAACAUAGUGUCCCAGCAACUUAAAUAAAAACUUAAACCUUAAAUUAUACCUGCUGGUUUUAAAAUCCCAAUUUUGAAUACCAGAUUUAUGAUUCAGAUAAGAAAUAAAAAUAU